AACGACGAAAACAACAGGUCGUCUUCGAAGCAAAAUGGCGACCACAGAAGAAGAAAAUAUCAACAAAUUAUUAGAGUCCGGACUCUCUGACCUUCUCAGUACGACCGAAACUAUCCUACCAUGGGAUCGGUUCUCAAGCUGGCUUCACUGUGCAUGUGUGGUCACCUUCGAUUUGGAACUAGGGCAGGCGAUGGAGAUUAUCUAUCCCAGCCAUGUCAAACUGACCGAAAAGGAAAAAAUGAACAUUUGUUAUCUCUCGUUUCCUGAUUCAAAUUCAGGAUGUAUGGGAGAUACCCAGUUUCAUUUCCGGAUUCGUCAAUGUCCUGGCAAAAAGGCUCAUGUGCCAGCACACAAGGAUUAUAACAGAGGAGCACCAAUAGCUUUACAGUGUGAUAUCAACGCUCAUUUUUACGGCUUUGUUUAUUUCCGCCAAACAAAAGAUAAAUCAAUACGAAGGGGAUAUUUUCAGAAGUCCGUGGUGCUAGUUUCAAAACUUCCCUUUGUCAAUCUCUUCUCACACCUGGUGGGCGUCGUUGCUCCAGAAUACUUUGAGAAUGGGGAACCCAGUCUAGAAGCAGCGUGCCAUGACAUUGACCAGUGGCCAUUUCCCCUGCCAGGAGACACAUUAAACCUCCCCAUCAUGGGCUCAGUCAUACAAGUGCGGGUUCCCUCACGGUCUGACAAGUCAUCGUCAUCACAACCAAAGAAUCAAACUGUGCCUGCUCUUCCUGUACACACAAUACUGCCAACAUUACAUGAAGCAGACAUAUUUACUGCAUUUCAGCCUGUUCUUCCUCAUAUACAGAUGCUGUGGGAAUUAGUCAUAGCAGCUGAGCCCAUUGUGGUGAUGGCAGCAUCACCUUCAAUAUGUGCCAACACAGUCCAAGCUUUAGUUAGUAUGAUCUGGCCACUUAGAUUUUGUUCAGACUACCGACCGUACUUCACGAUUCACGAUAGUGAAUUCAAGGAAUACACAACGAAAACGCAAGCUCCGCCCACUGUGAUAUUAGGUGUUACGAAUCCAUUCUUUGCGAAAACGUUGCAACACUGGCCUCAUAUAUUACGGAUAGGUGAAAUGGCGGCAGAAAGCAAGGGUUUUAACAAAAUCAAGAAGGGUAGCAGUGUGCGCACCCUCGACUCAAAGCCAGGCAUUGAACCAAUAGCCACUACUGGUGUGUAUACCAGGUACAAAGCAUUUCUCAACAAGGAUAAAACAAUACUAAAAAGACUUGCCAAGGGUAUCCAAACAAAGCGGCCAGUUGAAGUCCAGAAUGCUAUGCUGCGGCGGUACUUACUAGAAUUAACUCAGAGUUUUAUGAUACCACUGGAGCGGUAUAUGGCCAGUUUAAUGCCAUUACAACGGAACAUCUCACCACAUAAAGGCCCACCGCAGAUGAAGCCAUUCGACACAGAAGAAUUUUUGAAGAGUUUAGAACAGGCAGGACCUCAGCUUACGUCUGGUAUCAAAGGAGACUGGAUAGGAUUAUACAAAAAGUUCUUCAAGACUGUCAACUUUGCUGGCUGGUAUCAGAUAAGACAACAGGAGGUCAACCAGAAGCUUCAGGCCCUUCAUAUAGAAGCCCUUUGUGAUGCAGAUCUGAUGGAAUGGAUAAAGGGGAAACAGGAGGUGGAAAUUGUCGACCUUAUCCUUCGGCUUAGGGAGAAAUUGACGACCGCCAUUGACAACCAAGUCCCAAUCACAGAAGACAAAGUGGAACAAUUGCAGCUCCACUUACAAAGUAUCAUCAACUCCCUACCAGAAGAUCUGCAGUGUGUGUUAAAAAGCAAUUGAUGAUGAACUUAAACUGUUUCAUAUUGGAAAGAUACCUUUACUCGGUGAGAGCAAGGAAGCACUAUGAUUAGCCUUGAAUGGUGAAUAGAUCAGUUUCUGACUGACUGGAUCAUGAAAGGAGGCUCCAAGAGAUUUGUGAUAGGACUAAAGUGCUGUGUUUGUCUGGGUGAGGCUUUAUUCCACUAGAAUGCUUUCUGGUUGUCCUGCUGCCUCAAAAAUAUUCUUAGACUUUGUGGGUAUUUGGCAAUUCAGAUAACACACUGGCAUGAAUAGUGAAGCAGGAGUACAUCAUGAAAGAUGCUUAAAAAUGAAAUUCGGGUACAAAAACUUGGCUUGUUAUAAGAAAUUUCUAAUGUCGAUCAGCCUUGAUCAUGUUGAUUAAGAAGAAUUAGUUCUCUUUCAAUCUGAGAAAUCGCCAAAUUUUAUCAGAUGUCGUCGUGUAAAGCAUAUUUUUGUCUUAUUCCUGAAACUGAUUACGAUGUUUUAAAAAUUUUGGACACAUUAUGCAAUGGUACUUUAAUAGAAUAAUAUUAUUCUUUUAAAUAUGUUUUUAAUAAUUUGGAAAUAAAGUAAUCCACUAGAAAUGAUUAGGUUAUCAGAGGGUAUGGUACAUGUACUUCAAAUUCUUUGUGAUGGUACAUGUAGAUGGAAGUCCCAAAAAAACUGUUUUUCAAAGAAUGGGUUUGAAAUCGAACUCUUUCCUAGAAAAUUGACAUUAAUUUAUUUGCUCAACUUGUUAAUUUGAUUUUGUGUUACAUCCACUUUAAUUACAUUGUGCAUGCCUUGAUUUACAUUAACUUCUGUUGACCUGGUGUUUGUAAUAUUCUUUAUGAAUUUUCGAGUCUGGCUACUCCGCCAGCUUGUUUCAAGGAGAGCGAAGGCCGAAGCUUGCCUUCCAUUCUAUGAUUAGUUUUGUUUUGAUUUGUAAACCAAUUUAUAAACAUGUAUUGGACUGAAGGUUAAUCAGGGAGAGCGGUAAGAAGAUGUUUCCAGCAUACUACAGACUUGGAUUGGUUUCCAACCCAGUGCUGCCCUCGGGGUUAUUUAAGUUGCAACUAUUUCUUGUAAUCAUCAUAACUGUUAAUUUGUUGCAUAAUUCUGCAUGCAGUUGUAUUAAUAAGUCUGUAUUUAUUCUGUAACACUUUGUUUGGUGCUAUUUAGUGCAUUAUAUAUAGAUGGAAAGAGUUCAAGAGAAGACAUAAUCCACCCUCAAUCUACACUCCCUGUCAAAAGUAAAUAACCAGUUGUUUUAUUAUGUCAGUACUCAAAUUAUAUGCAUCGGCUGAUGCUGAAAUCUGGUCAAUUUAAACAAGUGUUUGAGGAACGCAUGCUGAAUUUUCAGCCUUAAGCUAUGUAUACUUUUGAAACUGGGAGAAAAAAACGAAGGUGGGCUUUUUACUUUUGACCAAGAGAGGACCGAGGCUUUAAGUCAGGAGAUAUGUAAUGUCAUAUAAAAAUAAUGUAUAACAUAGUGUACUUUAGUGUCCUCCAUGCUCGAAGCCCUUCAGUUGACCCUCUCUUCAUUGACUUUGAGACACUCAGUAAUUUUUCCCUCAUGUAGUUGCCCCUUUUCUCACUAAUGUCGUAAAGAGUAUAUGUUACUACUUACAUAAGGUCAGAAGUGCUGUAAAUAUUGCUAUAGGUAUUUUACCGGAAUUUUACAUAUAUGAAUGUAGUGCUUUUGCAUUGAUCAUGUGCGAGCAUGAGUUUUGUAUUGAUAUUGGAAAAAGUUGGAUUUCAAUAAAAAAAUCAUCAGGUUUACAUGUAGGUAAAUUGGCAAUGGAUAAGAAGCCCUAACUAAAAGCAAUUUGGGAAGCUUGGUGGCAAAGUGAAAGAACAUCGACAUGCAAUUGAAAGGUCGUUUGUUUGAGACUUUGCUGGUGCCAAGCUCAACUGAAAUGGCCGAGUGUAGUGCUGAUAAUCUGCUCUUUGGUUUCUAUGGAACUGUUUCUUGAUAGGCUUGGGAAUAAAAGUCCAAAGAGUCUUUUGAAAGUUGUAGAAAGUUGCCAAAUGGUGUUUUUGUGCUUAUCUCAAAAUGACUUCAUAAUAGCUGCAAGGGUCAGCUCCAGUUCUCAUGUAGUUUGAAUACUAGUUAAAAACUGUAGUCUUUCUUUUGUUUUCGAUGAAGGCAUUCUAUAGCUGAGUAUCAAUCUGUUAUUCAUGUCCUCGAAGAAAAUGAUGCCGUGACCGUGCAUUUAUAAUAAAUGGUUAAU